UUAGCCAUGUUUCUCGAACCAAAAUGCAAAUCUUUAACUCCAAGCACGUCUGAGUCAAGUUGGCAAUUCUCUCUCUCUCUCUCUCUAUAGCAUUACUAUAUUACUUUGCUUUACUCUUAACGCCAACUCCUCACACACCCACCCCCUUUGUCAGUCAUCCUUAUUCCUUUUCCUCUCUAACUUGCAGUCUAUCUAUACAUUCAUACAACCUAUAUGUAUAAUUUCACCAAAAUGAAAAUGUUCCUAAUUUAAUUUCCCCCGUCAAUUUCUCACAUUUUUCACACACAUUUUAAUAUAAAAUCGUUUCCUCUCUCUCUCUCUCUCUCUCAUCUACAGUUUUGUGGAAACUUGGUGGAACAGAGAUCUCUAUUCUUUCAGCUAAUCAGAUCUUCUUCUCAAUUUCAGUUCUCAUAUUAUCUUCUUCUCCCUAUUUUUCGCUGUUGUAAUUGGAUUCUACUUCAAUUUUCUCGCGCUCUCUGUUACUUCGGUUGAUUCUUCUUGUAUUCUCUAAACAAUUUGCUGGGUCUCUUCAGUCAAAAUUAGGGUUUCGGAUUGAGGAAUUUGAGGUCUUUUUUAAUUUUUGGAUAGAAUUGACGGCUGAAUUUGGACUUUGGGUUUGGGGCAGUAAUGAUUAUAAAGAAGAGCUUGAAAACGGUAAUGCCGAGUUUGAAGCGGUGCCGAGUGAGUGACUCCGACGACGAGUUUUCCGGUAAUCGGAAAAAGCGCAAGAGUAGUAGCAGUGGUGGAUAUUACCCUUUGCAUCUGCUCCGCGAUGUAGCCGUUGCUGGUAUAAUUCCGUUCAAUGGAUACGGUAUUCAAAGAAUUUUAGCCGCCGCCGGAGGUAACGGCGGAGCAGCUGUGUCGUGGUGCACGGAGGUUUCCCGCAUCGCCCCCGGUGUGGCUGAGUUGCCAAAACAGAGGAGGAGCAAUCCAGUACAGGAGGCUUCACGGCCGCCACUAGUGAGGACUUCACGGGGGCGUGUACAGGUACUUCCUUCUAGAUUCAAUGACUCGGUUCUUGAUAAUUGGAAGAAAGAGAAGAGCAAAACUACUACUAGUGUUAAAGAAUCAACUUCGGACCCUGAAUUUAAUCCGGAUGCAAGAGAAAAGCUUAGCUUUAAAAAUGCCAAACGUGAAAUUGGGUGUAAUUAUGGUUCAAAGCGUUUGGAUAUUACUAGGAAGUAUUCUAGUUCUCGCAGUACACUCACAUCAUUACAUGAGCGACUGGGAGAUGCAGACGACGCACAUUUCGAUGAAGCUAUAGAUUUAAGCGGCAUUAAUGGAACGGUGAAGGUGGAGGGAGGGAAGAGAGCUAAUAAGUUUGGUGGUAAGGAUUUUAAUUCGGGUGACAUAGUUUGGGCAAUAUCUGGAAGACAUUGUCCUGCUUGGCCCGCAGUUGUCCUUGAUUCAGAAACACAAGUUCCCCAGCAAGUUCUAAAUUUCCGAGUUGCUGGCGCUGUCUGUGUCAUGUUCUUUGGUUACUCUGGAAAUGGCACGCAAAGGGAUUAUGCAUGGAUUAGACGUGGGAUGCUAUUUCCGUUUCUGGAAUAUGUAGACAGGUUUCAGGGGCAGACUAACUUGAACGACAGCACGCCCAGUGAUCUUCGCUCUGCCAUAGAAGAGGCAUUUCUAGCUGAAAAUGGCUUUAUUGAGAUGUUGAUGGUUGAAAUAAAUGCAGUGGCUGGCAAUAUAGAUUAUUUCCAGUCUCUUCCCCGAGGAGCAUUUGAGGUCUCUGACUCAAAUCAGGACCAAGAGUGUAACUCUCCAAGCCAGGAAUUAUUGAAGAAGAAAGAACUUGACUCUUGCGACGCUUGUGGAUCGAGUCUUUCUUCUAAGCCAUCCAGGAAAUGGAAUGACUCAACUCUCAGGAGCAAUCGUCUGUGUACUGCUUGUGCUAGGCUAAAGAAGAUAAAACAUUAUUGUGGCAUAUGCAAGAAGAUUCGUAAUCCCUCAGAUAGUGGAACUUGGGUACGCUGUGAUGGUUGCAAAGUGUGGGUGCAUGCUGAGUGUGACAAAAUCUCAAGAGAAAAUUUCAAGGAGCUGAGUACCUCUGAUUACUAUUGUCCAGAAUGCAGAGCAAGAUUUAACUUUGAAUUGUCUGACUCAGAAAAAAUGAAUUCUAAGGCCAAAAACAACAACAAUGAUUGUCAGACAGUAGCAUUGCCAGACAAGGUUUCUGUUAUCUGCUCAGGAGUGGAAGGCAUUUAUUUCCCAAGGCUUCACCUAGUUGUUUGCAAGUGUGGAUAUUGCGGAGCAGAAAAACAGGCACUUAGUGAAUGGGAGAGGCACACAGGUUCUAAAAUAAAAAACUGGAAGACCAGUGUCAGGGUGAAGGGUUCUUUGCUACCUCUCGAACAAUGGAUGCUAGAAAUGGCAGAGUAUCAUGCACAGAAUGUUGUUUCUACCAAAUCGGUUAAACGUCCUCCUUUAAAAGUACGGAGACAAAAGCUGCUAAGUUUUCUCCGAGAAAAGUAUGAACCUAUUUAUGCAAAGUGGACCACAGAAAGGUGUGCAGUAUGUCGAUGGGUUGAAGAUUGGGACUACAACAAAAUUAUUAUAUGCAUUAGGUGUCAAAUAGCUGUUCAUCAAGAAUGCUAUGGAGCAAGAAAUGUUCGGGAUUUCACUUCGUGGGUCUGCAGAUCUUGCGAGACUCCUGAAAUUGAACGGGAAUGCUGUCUUUGUCCUGUGAAAGGAGGUGCUUUGAAGCCCACAGAUAUUAAGCCAUUGUGGGUUCAUGUUACUUGUGCUUGGUUCCAACCUGAAGUUUGUUUUGCUAGUGAUGAGAAAAUGGAGCCUGCUGUUGGAAUUUUGAGAAUCCCUUCAAAUUCUUUUGUGAAGAUAUGUGUGAUCUGCAAACAAAUUCAUGGUUCCUGCACACAAUGUUGCAAGUGCUCGACUUAUUACCAUGCUAUGUGCGCAUCAAGAGCAGGGUAUCGCAUGGAGCUGCACUGCUUGGAGAAAAAUGGAAAACAGGUCACAAGAAUGGUUUCAUAUUGUGCCUACCACAGGGCUCCCAAUCCGGAUACCGUUCUCAUUAUUCAAACUCCCAAAGGGGUAUUCUCUGCUAGAAGCCUUCUUCAAAACAGUAAGCACACAGGUUCACGUCUAAUUUCAACAAGUAGACUGCAACUCCAGGAAGCUCCAGCAGCAGAG